AUGGGGGUGGAGCUAGCCCCCGUCAAAGCGUUACUCGACGAGAUCCAUCCGAGUCUGCUUGGGUUGCCCGAUCGAAACAGCUACGUUUUGGGGGCAAUAGGUGGACAUAAUAUCGUGAUUGCAGUGCUCCCGGAAAUUGGGAAUAAUGCGGCGUCUGUGGCGGCGACGCAACUCAUUAACGACUUUCCAUCGGUCCGCUUUGGCCUCCUGGUGGGAAUUGGUGGUGGUGUGCCGGAUCUUCCCCGUGUAGAUAUUCGGCUGGGCGAUAUCGUCAUCAGUAAACCGACCAAGACGGCUGGAGGCGUGAUACAAUAUGACUUGGGAAAGGAGACAGUCCAUGGAUUCGAGCGGACGGGAACACUGGACAAACCACCCCCAGUCUUGCGAGCUGCCGUGCAGCAGCUGGCGGCAGACCACGAACUGGUUGACAGCAAGGUGCCGGAGUACCUGUUGCAGAUGCUUGGGAAAUGGCCUAAAAUGAAGGAGAAAUAUAUCUACCCAGGCACAGAAAGCGAUCAGUUGUUCGAAACCACAUACGAUCACCACAGAGGCGAAGACUGCGUCGACUGCGACUCGUCUCGUGUCAUUAAACGGCGACCACGGUCUAGCACCAACCCCGUCGUUCACUAUGGUACUAUUGGUUCGGCCAAUCGUGUGCUCAAGAACGCGGCGGAACGGGACAAAUUGAAAAAUACCAAUUUGGACAUUAUUUGUGUCGAGAUGGAGGCUGCUGGAUUGAUGGAUUCAUUUCCUUGUCUGGUCAUUCGAGGCAUUUGUGAUUAUGCCGACUCACACAAGAACAAGCAAUGGCAGCCGUAUGCCGCCGCUGUGGCCGCGGCAUACAUGAAGGAGCUGCUCUCGGUGAUUCCGUCGCGAGACAUCAGCAGCGCAUCUCAUGCAUCGGAGGUGACGAAAGUUCCUCAAGAUCAGUUAGUCUCUUACCCUGUUCACUGGACUAUCAUUCGUCCAAAAAAUCCUCUGUUUACCGGUCGAGAAGAGCUUCUGUCUGAACUCGAGGACAUUGCCCAUCGUACUGUGAAAAAUACCAAGCGUCAAGACCCAUCUUGCAUCGUGAUAUCAGGUAUGGGCGGCCAGGGCAAAAGCGAGAUUUGCAUCCAGCUCGCCCACCGUAUUCGUCAUUUAUUCUGGGGUAUCUUCUGGGUCGACGUGAGCACUCCUUCCUUGGCGGAAACUGGCUUCUUGAGUAUCGCGAGCCGACUUCAGACGGGGGCACAGACUUGGAAAGGGGCCCUUCAGAGUCUUUCUAAUUGUAAAGAGCCAUGGUUCCUGAUUUUGGACAACGCCGAUGAUGUGGAUGUUGAUUAUCAACAAUACUUUCCGUCCACAGCACUCGGCCUUGUGUUAUUGACGUCCCGGAAUGCUGAAUGCCGGGAAUAUGCUACGCAAAAGUGGAUCGACUUGGAGGGAUUACCAAUGGCUCAAGCUCGAGAAUUGCUCCUUCGUGCUGCUUCCAUACCUCGCAAUCGACAUGAAAUGUUGGACGCUGAUGCACGGGCUGUGACCUCUCUGCUCCAAUCACAUCCUCUCGCCCUCAUUCAAGCAGGAGCAUACGUGUCUCGAGGCCACUGUGUGUUGAAAGACUAUCCUAAAGAGUAUCAGCGACAACGAGAGCGGUUGAUGAGGUUUCGACCAUCCCAAGCGCGCUCUCGGUAUGGGGAUGUCUAUGCGACUUUUGAGGCAUCUGCUGAAAUCCUCCAGUCCACGAACACCGAGUCGGCCCAUGAUUCUCUUCAGCUGUUGGAUGUCAUGGCUUCGCUAGGGUCCAGUCGACUGCCACUCCAGCUAUUCGAAGCUGGGUGGAACGAGGCUCAAAAGAUAUCAUCGGACCAUGUCGACGAAGAGAAAUUGUCUCGCUUAACAAUGUGGCAUGCAGAUCAUUUACUCCCGCUUAUUUCAGCUGAUCGUGAGCAUUGGGACUCGUUUCGACUUAUCGAGGCUAUCAAUCUUCUCAAGGCCUUCUCUCUCCUCGCGACCGAUACUGCUGACGGUGCAAUGACGAGUAUCUCUAUGCAUCCAUUAAUCCAUGUUUAG